AUGGCGACGAAACUUACAUUUGAACCACGACGUAAGUUAGCGCUAGUGAUUGGUAUUGGUGAUUAUGAUAAUGUCACAAAAUUAAGAAAUCCUCAAAAUGAUGCGAAAGCAUUAUCGUCUCUCUUACAACGGAUGGGCUUUAAUACUGCUGAACAACAAUUGGAUAAAACAUGUGCUCAGUUGAAAAAUAUUCUUGUCGAUUUUGAACACUCGAUAGAAUCUAAUGAUAUAGUAUUACUUUAUUUUGCUGGACAUGGGGUAACAAGUGAGGGCCAAUACUAUUUGCUACCAAAAGACUUUCCUGGCAUGGAUGCAGUACGUCCAUUGGAAACACCUGCGUUUUUAAGACGUAAUGCCAUCAAUGCACAAGAUAUUCUUAACAGUUUAGGUGAUCGAAACCCAUAUUUUAUCAUUUUUCUGUUGGAUUGCGAUAGUCAUUAUUUAAACGCGAACAAGGCUCAAUCAGUUGAACUGACAGCUAUGCAUAAUGUAGACUCUUUGAUUGCUUUUGCUUGUGCAUCUGACACAAUAGUCGACGAUAAAUCUGAACAACAAAACAGUUUAUUUAUGAAACAUCUGUUGAAACAUCUUGCAACUACAAGUGUAGACAUUGAAAAUAUAUUACGUGAUGUGACCAAUGGAGUGAUGGAGGAUUCCAAUUCAAAACAGAUUCCAUAUGUGUGUAUUCCAUCAAAACACAAAAAUAUCUAUUUGUGCGAGCAAGCUGGCGGUAAGAAUAAUAGCUUUCGAUGGAAUGAAGCUAGAGUUACUAUGGGAUUUGCUUCAUGUGCACAAUAUCGUGAGAUAUUACCCAUCGAAUUAGCUAGAAAUACUUGCGAAACUAGCUCUUCUUUUCUAACAACACUACCAGUUCAGCGAGAGAGACAGAUCUCGUUUGAUUUUGCGUUUGCUCUUCUAGUUAAUAGUCCUGCUAAUGCUACAUGGGCACAACAAGGUGUCACUAUUGCUGGAGGUCACGGGGCUGGUAGUGGCACUAAUCAACUCAGCUGGCCUCAAGGUCUCUUCGUUGAUGAUGAUCAAACAGUAAUUAUUGCUGACUUCCUGAAUCAUCGCAUCAUACAAUGGAAUAAAGAUGACACAACGAAUGGAAAAGUUGUUGCUGGUGGCAAUGGCCAAGGAAAUCGAUUAAAUCAAUUGAAUCAACCAACGGAUGUAUUAAUUGACCGAGAGACAGGUAGUCUCAUUAUUUGUGAUUGGGGGAAUCGACGAGUUGUACAGUGGUCUCGCCGUAGUGGUACAACACAAGGAAAAAUUCUUAUCGACGACAUCAAAUGUUGGGGAUUAGCAAUGGAUGAACAGAGAUAUCUAUACGUGUCUGAUACCGGAAAACAUGAAGUAAGACGAUAUCAAUUGGGAGAGAAGAAUAGCACUCUCGUAGCUGGUGGAAAUGGCUCAGGUGAUGGUCUCAACCAACUCAACCGACCGAGAUAUCUCUUUGUUGAUCGACAACAGAAUGUCUACGUCUCAGACCGCAACAAUCAACGUGUAAUGAAAUGGAAUAAAGGUACAAAAGAAGGGCGUGUGAUUGCUGGAGGCCAAGGCGAAGGGACUGCUCUGACACAAUUGUAUUAUGCUUACGGAAUCUUCGUUGAUAUAUUGGGUACACUCUAUGUAGCAGACUCGUUAAAUCAUCGUGUAAUGCGUUGGACUCAAGGAGAUAAGAAACAAGGCACUGUAAUUGUGGGUGGUCAUGGUCAAGGAGCAGGAGCAAAUCAGUUCAACUGCCUCCGUGGUUUGUCUUUCGAUCGUCAUGGUAAUCUCUAUGUCGUUGAUGAAAAUAAUCAUCGUGUUCAACGAUUUUCUAUCAAAUAG